AUGGCUAUAGCACGAAGCUUGCAAGCUCCUGAAGGUCUGAAACAAGUGCCACCACUCUUUCUUCCAUCAGGAGCGCCGGAAGUGCGGAAUGCGUCCCUGUUCCGAGAGCUCUACAAGCAACAGCAGAUGCACCUAGCCGCCAUGAGAGAGUUGGUGGCCGCAACCAGCCAACAGAUCCACGAACGCGAAGCUGCAACUUCGAUCAAUUGGAUUCAAAAAAACAUGCUAUAG